AGCAACAAAAAAGCGUGUUGUAUGGAGCGAGCAGGAUGACCAAAUCCUGAUUGAGCUGUGGGCAGAACGUGCUGCUGAUUUGCGUCGAGCCAAACGAAAUGGGCAUAUUUAUGCUGAUAUUUCUGUGCAAAUGGCCGGGAAAUUCAGCGCGCAGGACGUGCAUACGAAAGUGCGCAAUUUGACCCAAAAAUAUAGGGAUGAGAAAAAGAAUGUGGGUGCGUCAGGUGGCAGUCCAUCAACAUGGAAGCAUUAUAUGGCGGUACACCAAAUUAUUGGGGGAACCGCUGUUAACAAUGCGGAAGUGCACGAGUCAUUUUUAUUAGACACAAUACUUAAUGAAUCCAGCCAGUCGGUAGUAGCACCAUCUCCAUCGCCUCCGUUAGCACCGUCAACACCUUCACCAUCGUCAUCCAUGGAAGCAGCAUCGACGCCCUCGCCAGUACCACUGCUUUCAGCAUCAGCUGUGUCGCCUGGUGAUUCAUCUGCACCUGCUUCUUCUGGAAGAAAAAGAAAACGUUCGGGAGAAGUGAUCAGAAUCAUGCAGGAACACACAGAAUUGCUAAGGAGUGUUGUGCAUGAUACCAAGGUGCUAACAAAUGAGGUUGUUACUGCCAUAAGGGAGCAAAAUGACACCUCGAAAGAGUUUUUAAAUUUAAUGAAGGUUUUAAUAGAUAAGAUUUAGAAAAUAAGUGUACAUACACUCGUCGUAAUAGCUAUAAAUCCACCACACAUUGAAAAGUUUUACCCACUAACAUUUUUAUUAUUUAAUUUUUUUUUAUAAAAAUACAUGUCUAUUCUUAAGCAAAAACUGUACAAAUCCACAUUUCAAAUAGUAGAUAACUUAUGCAAAAAUGCAUCUAUAUGUUCAGCUUUUUAAUACUGUUUUUUAGAGAGAUUUGUAGUAUGCAGUUUUAUAGCCUGUCAAAUUUUAUUAAAACAAAGUGCAAGUGUGAAGUUUCUGAAAAAUUCCGCUGACUUCAGGCAAUUUUUUUGUUUUCGGUUUUGGUAAUUUUCCUUCAUAUAAAAAAAUGUCAAACAUACUUUGUAUGGAGGAAAAUACGUUACGCUGCCAGCAAAAAGAAUUGCCGAAAUUCAGCGGGAUUUUUUAGAACUUUACACUUAUACUUAAUUCUACUAAAAUUCAACGGGCCAUAAAACUGCAUAUUAAAAAUGUUUCUAAGAAACAAUAAAAAGCUCAAAACUUAGAUGUAAUUUUAUAGAAAUUUUCUACUGUUUGAAAUUUGGAAUUAUACAGUUUCUGAUUAAAAAUAGACUAUAUAGAAGAAAACUUAAAUUAAAUAAUAAAAAAUAGUUAGUAAAACUUGUGAAUGUAGGGUGGGUUACAGUUAUUAAGACGAGUGCAUGUUAAAAUUAAUAUCUUUAAAAAUAAGUGAAAUGACAAAUGAAUAGACUGAAUUUUCUUUUAAUUUUAUAGUUAUUAGAUUAAGGCGACUGAAUAUUAAAAUUAAUUUCUUUAAAAAUAAGCGAAAUGUCAAAUCAAUAGACUGAAUUUUGUUUUAAUUUUAUAGUUAUAAGAUUAAGACGAGUGAAUGUUAAAAUUAAUUUCUUUAAAAAUAAGCCAAAUGUCAGAAAUGUAUAGACUGAAUUUUGUUUUAAUUUUAUAGUUAUUAGAUUAAUAGGUUGUUAUAGUUAGUAAGUAGUGUUAAUGAAAAAAUUGACAGAAAAAGAUAGUUAAUAGUAAAAAAGUGGAUUAAUAAACGAAUGAAUGUAAUGUACAU